AGACCUUCCCUGGUAAAGAGCAAAAGAAAUGAAGAAGGGCCCAAACCCAACCCAAGAAGGAGCCUCAGACAAAAACGGCCUCCUCCCUCUCAUGUCUUCUCCGGGACGCCUCCUCGUCUUCUUCCUCCUCCUCCUCCUCAGAUCUCUCUCUGUCUCUCGAUUCUCUCUGUUCUUACAAGUAACACACGCUCUCUUUCUAUCUCGUCCCGACAACCGUCUGUCUCCCUCCAUGUGAUUCGCCUUCCUCUGCGAAAAGAAAGACCCAAAAAGCUGUUCAUUCUCUUCCCUCUUAUUCCCCAUUUCACAUGAAGAUCUGAUCUCUCUCUGUCCCUGACUUCGCCUGCGAGAAUUUGUGUCCCUCUUACAAUCCCUUUUCAGAGAAAAAGGAGAAACUUUGAUUCCCCCUUUUAGCUUGUCACUCCCCCCCUGCUUCGUUUUUGUCCAAUCUCGCCGUCCGCUCUCGUCGGAUCUUCGUGGGCUUCUAGGGUUUUCUCCACCUCGAUCAGCUGCUUCGUCGUCGUGUUGCGUGUUCCUUGUGAAAGGUGGGUUUUUGCUAGGCUUUUUUAGCUGGGGAAAGUUAACCUCUGGGCUUUUUGAUAGGGGUCGAUCGUUAGUUAGAGUCGCGGCUUCAAGGUGGGUUGGAUUCUGUGCGAUUCGGGGGGGAUUUUUUGGUGCUAUGGAGAAGGAUAAAUUGUCUGGUCAUAGUGGUGGGUUACCGCCUCCCUCGGGUCGUUUCGCGGGGUUCUCGCCGAAUGCAAAUGCCUUCACCGUGAAGCCGGAGUCGUCGGCGGCGAGUUCCUCGUCGUUCCCCCUGAUGGCUCAGCAAAACCUGGUCCCCGACUUCAGCCACGAUAUUAGCCGGAUGCCCGAUAAUCCGCCGAGGAAUCGUGGCCACCGCCGCGCACAUUCUGAGAUUCUCACUCUUCCUGAUGAUAUUAGCUUCGAUAGUGAUCUUGGAGUUGUGGGAGCCGCGGAUGGUCCUUCGUUCUCAGAUGAUACGGAGGAGGAUUUGUUUUCCAUGUACCUUGACAUGGAUAAGUUCAAUUCGUCCUCCGCGACUUCGUCGUUUCAGAUGGGAGAGCCUUCUUCUGCUCCUCUGGCCAUGCCGACUGCUGCGGAGUCUGGUUCGGGUGCAGCCCUAUCUUCUGCAGAUAAUGUGGCUUCUGGGUCGACUGAGAGGCCUAGAAUUAGACAUCAACAUAGCCAGUCUAUGGACGGGUCGACGAGUAUUAAGCCCGAGAUGCUUAUGUCGGGUUCUGAGGAUGCAUCUCAUGCAGAUGCCAAGAAGGCUAUGUCUGCUGCGAAGCUUGCUGAGCUUGCACUGAUUGAUCCCAAGCGUGCAAAGAGGAUCUGGGCAAACAGACAGUCGGCUGCAAGGUCAAAGGAAAGGAAGAUGCGAUACAUAGCUGAGCUUGAACGGAAAGUACAAACUUUGCAAACUGAAGCAACAACUCUGUCUGCACAGCUGACUCUUCUGCAGAGAGACACAAAUGGUUUGACUGCUGAGAAUAGUGAAUUGAAACUGCGGUUGCAAACAAUGGAGCAACAGGUUCAUUUGCAAGAUGCUUUGAAUGAAGCACUCAAAGAGGAAAUACAACAUCUGAAGGUACUCACUGGCCAAGCUAUGCCCAAUGGUGGACCCAUGAUGAACUACGCUUCCUUUGGAAGUAGCCAGCAGUUCUAUCCCAACAACCAUGCGAUGCACACUCUUCUGGCUGCACAGCAGUUUCAACAGUUGCAGAUUCAGACACAGAAGCAGCAACACCAGUUUCAACAGCAUCAACUGCAUCACCAACUUCAGCACCAGCAGUUACAGCACGAACAACAGCAACCAGCUGGGGACAUGAAAUUCAGAGGACCUGUUCCUUCUCCUAAUCAGAAAGAUGGUAAUGCAGCAGAGUCAAAUUCUUCUAAAAUGGAGUGAGUAGCUGCCUUUGGCCUUUGUAUCGAAAACGGUCAUCUCCUCUUAGUCUGUCGCUAGCAGUAUUAAUCACCAUCGGUCAUCAGAUUAGACACAUACCUCUCCCUUUGAGAAUAUUUAAAAAAAAAAAAAAUAGUAGUACCAGAUUUAGACUUUUCAUGGGACGGAUACUGUCGAAUGCAUUUAUUUGUUUAUUUUUUGUUGUCUUGUUGUUUAGAUCUUUGAUCUGGUUUGAAGUUUCUCAUAGUAGGUUUGCUUUGUGAAUUACUUACUUGUUGGGACCCUGUAGUGAUUUGGUGUAACUGAGAAUUUUAGUCUUAA